AUGCGACUCUCCAGGCCUCGACUGAGGGUCUCUCAAGCUCAGUCGGCCUUUGCCGACGGCAAUGCACGAUGGACGAAUCGGGAUCUGGAUCCGAUUCCUCUGCUUGCGCGGAAAUGGGGGGUUUGGAGUCUGAUAGCAUACUGGAUCUCGGAUGCUUUCAAUGCAGCGACCUGGCAGUUCGCCAGUAGUAUUAUUGCCGUCGGCCUGACAUACCGCGAGGCUCUCGCCAUUGUGGCUGUUUCUUUCCUAAUUAUAUCCUUCGUCAUUUCCGCCAACGGUGCUGUCGGGGCCAUCUAUCACGUUCCAUUCCCGGUUAUUGCCCGUGCGAGCUGGGGCUUCUGGGGCUCCUAUAUUGCCAUCAUCUCUCGACUGAUUCUUGCUGUGUUCUGGUUCGCCAUCCAAAACGUGAAUGGCGGGAACUCAGUCCGGGUCAUGAUCGGCGCGAUCUGGCCCAGCUACUUGACCCUCCACAAUGAUAUCCCUGUGUCGCAGGGUAUCACAUCGAAUGGGAUGAUCGCAUUCUUUAUCUUUUGGGUAUUACAGCUCCCCUUCUUAUGCAUGCAUCCGAAUAAGCUGCGCUGGUUGUUCACGGUCAAGUCGGUGCUGGUCCCGAUCGCCUGGAUUGCCAUUUUGAUCUGGGCCUUUGUUGCUGAAAAGGGUGGCGGCGGUAUUUUCGACAAGCAGAAGGCGACGGUCUCGGGAUCGAAGUAUAGCUGGCUGUUCCUGGCAAAUAUGACCUCGGUGCUGGGGAACUUUGCCACCCUCAGUGUGAACCAGUCCGAUUUCUCGCGAUACUCCCGCGUCAACCCCCGCUGGCAACUCCUCUAUAUUCCCUUGCUCCCCAUCAUUUUUACCUUUAUCUCUUUUAUCGGCAUUGCUGCUUCCUCCGCCGGCCAAUCCCAUUACAACCUCGCCUCCAUCCCCUGGGAUCCCAACGAGCUCAUCAGCCUCUGGCCCAACCGUGCCUGCCGCUUUUUCGGCGCAGCCUCAUUCGCCCUCGCCUCGCUGGGCGUCAAUAUCUCUGCCAACUCGCUCUCAGCCGCGAACGACUUCACUGCGCUCGCGCCACAGGUGCUCAAUAUCCGCCGCGGCCAGAUUCUGUGUGCGCUGCUGUCAUGGGCACUAGUGCCCUGGAAGAUUUUGGAAUCUGCAAGUAACUUCUUAAACUUCAUGGGCGCCUAUGCGAUAUUCCUUGGCCCGAUCGCUGCCAUUAUGCUGUUUGACUUUUGGCUCGUUAACCGCCGCCGCUAUGAUGUGCUUGCGCUGUACCAGCCAUCGAACCCGACUUAUCGGUACGCUUGCACCGUGCCUUUUCUCUAUUCUGGAAAAUCUAUCUGGGGUACCAAUUGGCGCGCGGUGGUGUCGUUUCUCGUCGGCGUUGUGCCGAGUCUUCCGGGGAUGAUCAAUGCUGUGAGUUCCAGUAUUGAUGUGGGUGCGGGUACACAUCCAUAUGAGUUUGGGUGGCUGCUGGGGUUUUUUGCUACGGCAGCAGUGUAUCUGGCUCUGUCGUGGUUGUUCCCGGCGACGGAAACUCAGAUCCCCCGUGCUGUUCUUCCUGAUGAGAUCUAUGAGGAGAGGAGUGUGGUGGUGGAAGGAGUGGAAACAGACAGCUCGGAGCAGACGUCGACACCGUCUGGGGGUGAGAAGGUUCCGGCUAAUUCGUUAGAAAAGUCUGUGUAG